AUGCAGCUUUUUGGAAAUGAAUGUCCUGGUGAAGAGGUUCCAACUCGACAAACAGUUUAUCGAUUGGCAGAAAAGUUUGAUGAGACCGGUUCUGUAGAGGAUGCACCACGAAGUGGUAGACCAAUAACAGUCAGAACCGAAGAAAACACCGAAGUUGUUUCUGAAGCUUUUCGUCGAAAUCCACAACCAUCUCAAAGACGCGCAUCACGUGAUCUUAACGUGUCACGCACAAGUUUACAACGUCUUAUGAAAGAUCUGAAUUUGAUGCUUACGGACAAAUUGCAUGGUAUUGGUCAGUAUCUACGUGUGAACGAAGGCCUGCAAGUGAUCAGAUUCGAAUACGAUCAAUACGAGGAAUCGUUGGCAGACGGGAUGUUCGUUUCGAAUGAACCGGGCUUUUACAAAACAGAUGGUUUCGGCAUUCGUAUUAAAACUGACGUCGAAGUUAUCAUGGUUAACAAGAGCACAUAUGAUAACAGACAGUUUCUGCGCUUUGAUAAGAGGGUAAUAGUAAAACAUGAAGACACCCACAGACACCCGCAGACACCCACAGACACCCACAGACAGCACACAGACACCCACAGACAGCCACAAACAGCCACAGACAGCUGCACAGACAGCACACAUA